AUGGUAUCUAAAGAACCGCCCCUCGAUGAAAUACAAUGGAAAUCACCGUAUGCGAUUAUGGAGAUGCAAGGUGUACAUUCAAACUCAGUACUUUUUUAUUUUGCACAAUCUCCCUUCUUUGAUCGCACUUCAAACAAUAACGUACUUUUUAAUCAAGCAAUGUUUAACCCAAACAUGAUGCCUGUAAUCCAGACUCGGGAGGCAUUUGAAGGUCGGCUCAAAACCAUGGCCGGAUUGGAAUUUAUUGUAGCCCAAGAGCCAGCUGAGAUGGCUCCAGGUACAGGGACGGGAGUUUGGGUAAUUAGAAAGCAGACGAGACGAAAGAUCCCGAGAAAUGAGGAUGAAAUAACUGUACACUCUACUUAUUUUGUGGUUGGGGAGAAUAUUUACAUGGCACCUUCGACGGCAGAUAUAAUUGCCAGCAGAAUGUUAUCAAUGAUGUACUCUCUUAAUAAGUUUUUUUCACUUACCUCCGAACUACCUCGAUUCAGCCCCGCACUUGGUCACACCUACGUUCCUUUCAACCAAAAGAUAGCUCAGCCCUCCAAUCUCUCUGGGCUCUCUCAAAAUAAUAGAGAAAAUAACAUUCCUUCCGACGAGUUAACACCCAGUAAAUACCAGAAUAAUUUUACCAACAAAAGUGAAACCAAUACUGUCCUUGCAACACGACUCCUUGAAGAGUCAAUCAAUACUUAUCUUAAAUAUGGAGAUGAGUAUAUGGACGAAAAUCCUAUUACCGGGGAACCAGGAGCUUUUCAUCUUACAUCCACCGGACGAGCGGAAAAAUCAGCUGCUGCAUUCACUACGAAGGGGCCUUUACAGAUCACCAAGCCAGCCCCGUUGAAGACCGAUAGGUCUCCAUUGACAAAUGAAAAGAAAGCUGAAAAAAGUCCAAAGACUUUCGGGAGUGGUAAACAGAAACGAAAAAAAAGCAGAGCUACUGCCAAUGAAACAGUCCCGGCUUGA